UUUCUUUAACAAAUUUGGAAAUUAGGAUUUUUUGUUAAAUUUGAAAAAUGGGAAAUUUUAAAAAAAAUCUUUUAUUUAAAUAUUGGAGGUUAUCUAUUAAUUGGAAAAAUUUACAAUUAUGUUUUGGGUGAAAAACAAUAAUUUUACAGCCCUGAAGAAAAUUAUUCACCCCCACCAGAAACAAAACGCUAAGAGUCCACGUGCUGUUUCGUUGGAACACUAACCUAAAAUUUUGCUUGAAAAUAAAAACAAAGUAGCAAAUUAAAAGCAAGGAUUAAAUAAAAUAGUGUAGAAAAAUUUGAAAACAUGGGUAAAAAUAAUCGGCAUAAAAAAAAUAUAAAAUCUGAGAAGUCGAAAGUUAAAUUAAAACAAACAAAGGCGAAAUUGUUGCCAAAAGGACAGAAUAUAACAGACACAACAUUCAAAGUUAAGAAAAUAAUAAUUAAAGAACAAUUGAAGGAACAUGAACAGUCGGAAAUUCUUAGUCGGAGGAAAUUAAAUGUCAAGGAUCUAUUGGUACGUUUGCACCAUCACAAUUCAUCAGUACGACAAGAAGCAAUAAAAGAACUAGAAGAAAUUUUAAAAAACAAUCCGUCCGAAAUAUUUAAUUCAAAUUUAAAUAAAAUACUGCAGGGUCUCGGCGCAUUGAUACUCGAUAAAGAAAAAGAUAUAAGACGUGAUACAUUUAAAACAAUAUCUCUAAUAUUAGGGUCAAUAAAACGUGAACAAUUGGCACCAUUUUCCGAUAUAUUAAUCUCUUAUUUAUGUUGCGCAAUGACUCAUAUUUCCCCACCAAUAAAAGAAGACUCAUUGCAUUUUCUUGACAUCAUUGUUGAUAAAUCGGGUUACCUAAUUGCCAAAAAUUCGCAAAAAAUACUCGACCUUUUUUUGGAUUUCAUUUCCAAAAAUAAAUCUCAAAUAAAUCGUCAGCUGACGACAACAUUCAGCUCAAAAUUGACCUCAGUUAAAUGGAGGAAUAAAGUUUUCUAUCGAUUGUCUAGUAUUUUUACUACUAUCAUUGAUGACAUCCGAUUGAGAUACUGCUCAAAAAACGAUUUAACUGACGAAAAAAAUAUAAAUAUUGACAAUAACAUUUAUUACUUACCCAUAUAUAAUUAUAAUACCAAUUUAUGUCAUAUAAAUUUCGACAGUAAUUAUAAAGAUAUGAUAAGUAAAAAAUAUAACUAUGAAAUUUUCGAAUUCAUAAAAUAUAUUUACACUUUAGUGCCACUGAUUUUUGAAAGUUGGAUUGAAGUCCGCCCACAGGAAACUUGUGACGAAAAUAUUUCGCUGAUUUCUCAUGAAACAAAAGAUUUUUUGAAAGCAAUAACGUCAAUAAUUAAAUUAAUUAUCGAAUUUAUUGACAUCGUUGAGCCUAAAAUAGAGGAAAAUAUUUCUAAAGAAUUUAGUAGUAAAUUUAUACAUAAUUUAUCCAAAUAUUUAAUUACCAGUUUUCCUUAUUCCUUUAAAGCCAUUCAAGUUGUCGACAGUAAAAAAAAUAAUUCGAAAAGACAAAAUGAUUUUGAGACGGUAAUUAGUCAUACUCAUAAUAAAAAUUGUCUUGAAGAAAAUUUAGAGCUCUGUUAUAUUUAUAUGUGGAUGGUUUGUAAUUCUAAUGGUAGAAAUAAUAAAGUAAAUGAAGAAUGCAAAGUUAAUUGUAGAAAAAUUAUUAAAUUUGUCGAUGAUUCAUUAAAUAAUUGGAGCACGGAUACUUCAACUGUAUCGCAAUUAGUGAAACUUGUACGAAUAAUUUUUUUGAAUUGCAGUAAAUUUUUGUACAAGAGUGGAAUUAAUUUAGAAAGGACUUUACAAGCGACAAUUGCUGCGAGUUUGAAAGAUACGACGCAAGUUAACAUGAAAUUGUUCAAAAUUUUUGGAGAUAUUUUAUUGGACCAAUUCAAUGAACUUCACAAGAAUGACAGUUUUAAAAAAUUUAUUAUGAGUUUACCUGAUCUCUUACUAAAAGAAAGCAUCCAUGAUGAUAUAAUUAAAAUGAUAAAUCACGUCGUGCUUAAGUAUCGCGAAUAUUUACGCGAUGGACUUGAAAAAAACCAAACAAGCAUUUUAGAUAAUGCUAAAACAAUAAAAAUAAUUGGAUCUCACAAUGAAAGCGAUUCGCGUUUGAUGAUUUGUAAUUUAUUUUAUUUUAUCGAUGGUCAGUUUUAUUAUUAGUUUAUAUGUUUUAUAAAAAUGAUGAAAAAUAAAACCUGUACAUUGUAAAAAUAAAAUGUAAGGUUUGAAUAAAAUUGAGGAAAAU